UACUGAGCUAAUUAUUUUCCUUUCUUGAGGCCAAAUAAUCGGUCAGGUGCCCCCAACUGUGGAAGCGCCGGGGCCGCACAGCAGAGUUGCGGAGGUUUGCUUAUCACACGCGCCUCUUUGCUGAUUCCGCGCAGCUGAGUGCUAGGGUUGGGAUUCAUCUCCUGUAUAUUGCUGCUCUGUUGAUCGAUGGGUUACGUCCAAGAGGCCAGAGAGAAUCAUGUGAAGAAGAAGGUGGAAGAAGCUUUACGUAGUAAAAUGAAGCAGAAGGCACUCAAGGAAUGCGACCAUUAUGUUGCAAAGUAUGCUGAAUGUGCUUCUGGAAGGACUCUAUCUGUAGUUUGGCUCUGCAGAAAACAGGCGAAAGUGUUAAAUGAAUGCCUUCAUCAUUAUACCAACGACGGUGUAUUGGAAGAAAUGAAGAGAGAAUACAUGAAUAAAGGUAGCGAAUAAGAAGGAGAUCAAUUUGAGCAAAUGCUUCCAUCGGGCUUAACGUUUUGACAAUUUAGAAUUGUUUUCUCAGAUUGAUUUUUAUGUUUUCCAUUCUGCCAAAAGGUAUAGAGCCGUUGCUUCAUUUAAUUCCAAAUUAAACUAAAUUAUGUUUGUUUAUAGGUUAAUUAUAGGUUUACAUGUUUACCUAUUAA